UAUUCCCUAAGCGGUACUCCUGUAUCGCGAUGCCUCGCGAUUUCUACUAUCAGAUGAGAGACUGAGCAACAAACGCAACGCCAGCUUCACCAGCGACAACCCAACACUGCAAACCACCACUCAAUCGCCUCAAACAACUUACCUGGCAGCAGCACCAAACCUUCAAAAUGGGUUCACGGAGCCCCUCUCCGGCGAGCUCGCCGCUCUCAAACGUAGACUCGGACGAAGCUGAAUACUACCAACGACACAUUGCAGCUUCACAUCCCUCCAAACGACAGCGCCUUGACGGGGGCUCAUUAGGAGCCACAUCAGCCUCACACGAUCCUAAAUUCGACACCCUAUCUUCAAUAUCCUCCGACACCUCUGGCGACGUGCCACAGUCCCCAAGUUCACUGCCGAAAGUGGACGACGAAGAUGCACAGCAGGAACAGGUCACUGUGUGCGCGUGGGAAGGCUGCGAUGGUGGAGAUUUUAGUGAUAUGGACAGGCUAGUGACACACAUACACAAUGUCCAUACCGAGCAUAAAGGGAAGAGGAAUACGUGCGAGUGGGCGAACUGCCCAAGGAAGAGCCAUGCGCAUGCCAGUGCGUACGCGUUAAGGGCACACAUGAGAAGCCACACAAGGGAAAAGCCCUUUUUCUGCGCGUUGCCUGAAUGCGACAGGUCCUUUACUCGCUCCGACGCCCUUGCAAAACACAUGCGCAUAGUUCACGAAACCGAAGCACUGCGCCCAUCAGACCCAACCCCGAGGUCUAUACUUCCGAAGUCAAUGCAGCCGCAGGCGACAAAGGGCAGCAGCCGUCUCAAGAUCAUCAUCAAGAACCAGGGUACCCGAGGCAGUGAUGGGGGCCAGUCGCCCGCUCCUAGACGAGGACACGAUGGUCUCACGCCCUUGACUGUAGAUGAUGGGUUUACACUGGACGAGCUGGCAUUGGGAACGAAGGAGCUGUGGAGGUUACUGAGACGACAAGCACACUGGGCGGAUGAGGAGGCGGAGUCUCUGAAACAAGAAAUCGAGACGAUGAAUGAAAUACGAGACAAGGAAUGGCUGGAGAAGGAGAUCCUGUUGGACCAGGUCAUCAAUAAUGAGAUGGAUUGGUUUGAGAGGCGGAAGCAUGUACUUGCAACGCUUCCAACGGUUGAGGAAUUGAGGUCACAGACAAUGGCGAAGAUGGAGAAGGCAAGCAGUGGCAGUGGUAGUGGCAAUAGUAAGGGUGGACGAGAAGAGAGAGAGGCGGAACAGAAGGUGGACCAGCGGGAGGCGGCGGCCGCCUUGGCCAGUCUGGCCCAACAGUAGAAGCAGCUUGCUUUCGACAAAGGAUCGUUUGGCUUCCUUCUGUGUGUAGCUGGAGUGUUGGAUUUGCACAAAGGAACCCCCUUUAGUGUGGCAUGCACGGAGCGAAUAUUGGGCGUUUUGAACGGAUAAAUGAUUAUGAUAUUGGGAUGGGAACUGGUAAUGGCGGGUAGAUUUGAAGGGACAAUAUCAUAUCAGAUGGGCUGGCCUUGCUUGGGUUACGCUCCAACUUUGAGUUGUCAUUAGCAUAGAGCAACAUGGAAACCGUAUAUUUCCCAUAUUCUACUAUUACACCAAGCUGUUAUCCCACUUUCGCGGUUCCGGGAGGGAAAGCCGGCCGAUUUUAGAGAUGCGAGAAAGGAGCAAUCGCAUAUUGAUAGUUUGACAGCAAUUCGAUGUAUUCUACGA